AUGGAGAGUGGCGCUCCAUUUCCACGCCUUGCUGCUGGGAUCUAUCACCGAAAGCCACAACCAAUUCUUUCUAGAGAUGAAGAAAGAACAUUGGAAACAGCAUCACUUAGCGUGAAGAGCACUGUGAAAAGUCCGAUGAGGCAACCGCCACCAAAAUGGCUUCCACCACAACCACCAACCAAUCAACAGGCUCUACUUUCACCUGAUGAAGAGACUUACGAAGAUCCGGAAACGAUAAACGAUAUGAAAGCGCACUCAUCAAGAGAUAAAUUGAUGUUACACGGGAAUUCUUAUGAAGUGAGUACCUCACAAAUGCGCCAAUCACAGCUUCACGAAGCUCCACCGUUGGAUGACUGGUCGCCAGCUGAAUGCAUUUUACAUAAAAAUUCUGAAGGCGCUUACUAUAUUCCAACUAGCUUCGUGUGUGCUCCAUCGCCAACAACUAAUGUUUCCACAUUGCCACCGCAUCAACGCUAUGACAAAGGAUGCACAUCUACAAGACACUCGUGCGUUGAACCACAAGUGAACACCGCUCUUCUCAAAAGACAAUCGACUCUUAAUUCAAAGAAAAUGAAAAAUUUAAAAGAAGAUUCACCGUCUCGAAGAGCGACUCCACUCGUUUUUUGUCUUCUCCUCGCAUUGCUCGCUGCUUUAUUAGUCAUUAUCGUUCUACUAUUACGAGCACCUCGUUACGUGUACUCAUCAUCGUAUGCGGGAAGCACGUCAAUGUCAGCGGAUCGUCUCUCCGAGUUGCGGCCUCUUCCCGAUACAAUUCAACUAGGGCAACGGGUUUUUGCCGAUCUUAUACCGCAAAGCAUUGCUUACACGGAGAUCUACAUUCCACGGCCAACACGGGUGACUUUAAACGUCACAGUUGGAACUGGCGCUCAACUCGUGUUGUUUGGAAGGCAUUCGGUGGCUCCAUCUCUAUCUUUACACGAUUUUUUCCAUCCGAUUCGAGCCGAAUUGAUUGCCACUCAUGCCUCACAUUCUAUUGAGGAGUCUUCAAGAAAACGGCGAGAAGCCAUCGAAAUUGUUACUCCAAGAAUUGCAUCCGUAGAGCAUUUUAUUUUGGAAGGACGAUGGCAUUUGGCGAUUCUAAAUGAGAGGAAUCGAGUCGAACCGAUUGAGCUCAUUGUGGAAGCUCUUCCGACUCAUCAAGAGAUCACAACUGAUGGAAGCAACAAGAAAAAGAGUGUCUUCAGGUGCCCAAGCGACUGUUCGAGUCGAGGAGAGUGUGUGAAUGGCGUUUGCAAAUGUGCAUCUGGCUAUACGGGAACUGCUUGUGAUGAGGUCGUUUGUCCAUUGGUUUGCUCGGGGAAUGGGAUCCUUUCACUCGGUCGAUGCGUCUGUUUUGAAGGUUAUAAAGGACGCGAAUGUGAUGUUCGACAGCACUGGUGUGAGAUAGCGGACUGCAAUGGUCGAGGUCGUUGCACUCCUCGAGGAGUUUGUGACUGCAUUGCCGGAUGGUCUGGAGACUCUUGUGAAAUUCGCUCUUGUCCACAUCCAAGUUGCUCUGGUCGCGGAAAAUGCUUGGACGGUGUCUGCUACUGUGAAGAUGGAUGGACGGGUAGUGAGUGCUCGAAAAAUGUUCGCACUUUGGUCUUCCCAAAGUCAAAUAUCAUCGCUGAAAAGAGUCAUGAAGAGCUGAAAGUGAUCGUAGAAGCAUCGCCUCUUUCACCGGCUACAUCAUCUCAUCACUCAUCACAUCCGCAUCGAUCAAAAGCCAACUCACCACUAUCCAUCGAUCCAACACAGCAUCCAAAUUCACUCAAAGCUGUCAUUGAAAGCCGAGAAACUGAGCCAACAGAGAACCUGGAGGCUAUACUGGAGAAUCCCUGCAAUAACCGUGGAAGAGUCGAUUCUCAAGGAUUUUGCAUUUGUUCUCUUGGGUUUACUGGACCAAGCUGUGAACUUGUGAGUUGCACGCCGGAAUGUCUUCAAGGAGUUUGCCAUCACGGAGUGUGCACUUGUAAAAAUGGAUGGAAAGGAAUUGACUGUUCUCAAAAAGAAUGUGCUCUUGGUUGUGAGCAACAUGGACGGUGUGAGAAGAAUGGAACGUGUCUUUGUGAUCGAGGAUGGAAUGGAGAGAAUUGCUAUCAAGAAGGAUGCCCGCGAGACUGUUCCGGGCGUGGUCAAUGUCGUCUAGGAGUUGAUGGAUGGUGGUGCGAAUGUGACACGGGUCGUCGUGGCGCUGAUUGCUCUCUAUUCAUCGAGCAUAGUUGCGAUGAUGGAGUCGACAAUGAUCAUAACGGUUUAAUGGAUUGUGAGGAUCCGAAAUGCUGUGCAAGUGAAAGCUGCCGACUUGAGCCUUCUUGCAUGAUGGCUCCAUCUCCAAUUGAUGUCCUUCUAAAACUCCCAACUCCUCAAAAUGCUCCAUUCUAUCAACGUGUGAUGUUUUUGAUUAAAAACGACUCUGUGCAGAGCUAUGCUGACUAUUCUCAAUUCGAUGAGAGCAUUGCAUCUGUGGUUCGUGGUCGAGUUUUGUGGGAUGGAGGAGCGUCGGGUACAGUGGCUGAUCUCCCAUUGCCGGGUGUCAGAGUUUCCGAUGUAAAUCAUCCACUUUACGGAUUCACUCUCUCACGACUCGAUGGCAGUGGUGCUUUUGAUCUUCUCGUUAAUGGUGGCCGAACCAUUCAACUUCAAUUUCUUCGUAGCCCAUUCCAGCGACGAAAACUUUCCGUCUAUGUACCACCAAAUGAGAUCGUUUAUGUCGGUGAUGUGGUAAUGCAUAAAGAAAAGAAAACUGAAGAUGAGCUGGCUACAAGAGUACGACAAGAGUGCUCAAUUUCUAAACGAUCAAUGGAAUCAGUGGAGAUUCGGAACGAUUGGAAGAUCUGGGGAGCGCCGAGUGUUAAUGGAAAUGCCAAAGUGUUGGCUGAUGUCGGCGCAGUGAGCGAUUCGAUUCAAAUUCCGGGCACACAAGUCUAUUUGGUCUACGACUCGCGACGAUCCGAUGGUUCAUUGUCGAGACUCGAGAUGAGAUUGACUGGAUCAAAGCCCGAUUCAAAGCUUCGCCUAGUUCAUCUACGGAUCGAUGUUGCUGGAACCCGUUUCACAAAGAAAUUGGCCGCAAGAGCUGAUUUGUCUUAUACAUUUGCGUGGAAUAAACAAAAUGUCUAUAAGCAGAUGGAAAGCGGUCUUGUACCGGUUGUUGUGCAUAUUGGCUACGAAUACGAGCAUUGCAGUCGAGAGAGUGAGAUUUUAUGGGUGACAAAGAGAAGCUAUCUCUCUGGGAAAGCUCGGAAGACAUCUUUCGGUGGCUGGACACCACAUAUUCAUCAUCAUUAUGAUGUUGUGAAUAAUGUAUUGGAAAAGGGUGAUGGCUCGAGGUUGUUCUUGUCGGCUGAGAAUCCGGUUGUCGAUUUAUUGGUGGGAAGUGAUGGGAGACGAGAGCUUGAUUGUCAAAGUUGCCAUUCCGCUAAAGCCAACUCCCCAUUGUUGCGGCCGGUUACAGUAGCUGCUGGAAUUGAUGGAUCAGUGCUGAUUGGCGAUCAGAAUCUGAUCAGAAGAUUGACUCCCCGAUGGUCGACUAAUCACAAUGCUUAUCCUAAGUACUGC